AUGGUCGCCUUCUGCGCUCAAACCAGCAGGCGCCUGCGCCUCCUCGCGGCCCUCGUCGCGGUCGUCGCCGCCCAGGACGACGCCUGCGACGAGGGCACGCGUUGCGCGUUCGCCGACGCGGCCAGCAACGCCACGACGUUCAAAACAACCGUUACCCCGUCGCCCUCGACGCUCUCGACGGUCUACGAGCAGCGGCCCGCGUUCCGCGCGUUGCUGGACCUCAACGACGGCCUGCGGUCCCUGGGCCUCGGGACGCAGCUGGACCUGCCGCGGAUCGUCGUCGUCGGCGACCAGUCCGCGGGCAAGUCGAGCGUGCUCGAGGCGAUCUCGGGCGUGCAGCUGCUGCGGGGCACGGGCUUCGUGACGCGCGCGCCCAUCGAGCUGCGGCUCGUGCGGAGCGCGUCGCCCGGGUGCCGCGCCGUCGUCUCCGCGGAGGGGAGCGACGAGCGGACGCGCGUCGGCUGCGACGGCGUCGGGGAGGCGCUGAACGCGACGAUGCGCAAGCUCGUGCGCGCGGGCGGCGGCGUCAGCGAGCGCGCCGUGCGGUGCACGAUCAGCAGCCCGAGCGCGCCGGAUUUGACAUUAGUGGACCUGCCGGGGCUCGCGCGCGUCUCCGUCGAGGGCCAGAGCCGCGACGUGCCCGCGGUGACGAAAGCUCUGGCGCAGCGCUACGCGGCGCCGGCGCGCACGGUGAUCCUCGUCGUCGUGCCCUGCAACGCCGACCUCGCGACGGCGGAGGCGCUCAAGCUCGCGCGCGACGCGGACCCGGACGGGGCCCGGACCGUGGGCGUCCUCACGAAGCCCGACCUCAUGGACCCGGGCACGGAGGGCUCGCUCGCGGCCAUCCUCGACGGCCACGUCGUCAAGCUGGCGGCCCACGGCUGGUACGUGGUCCUGAACCGGGGCCAGCGCGCGCUCGACGCGCGCGCGUCCGUCGCCGACGCGCUCGAUCGCGAACGAACCUUCUUCGACGACCGGCUC